GCCAGGGAGGCUGCUGCCUUAAACAGAACCAGAGGCGCAGGCCCGCAUCACCAUACUCCCCACCCUAAGCACAGGCAGGAGGGUCUCCCGAGGAGACAGAGAACCCCCGGCCACUUCCCCGCCCCUCACUGCUUACAGGGAUCCCUUUGUAUUUUGUGGAUUUGCAGGAUGACUUAGAUGAUUUUGGGUUUGAAGACUAUGGACCAGAUUGUGAUAGCAUGAGGAUAACUGCAUUCUUGGACAUUCCGGGACAGGAUAACUUGACUCCGCUUGCUCGUUUGGAAAAAUAUGCUUUUAGUGAGAAUAUAUUUAAUCGACAGAUUAUUGCCAGAGGUCUACUUGAUGUCUUUCGAGAUUUCAGUAAUAAUGAAGAAGAUUUCUUGACGGUAAUGGAGAUAGUGGUCAGGCUGUCCGAAGAUGCAGAGCCUACUGUACGGACGGAACUGAUGGAACAAAUACCUCCCAUUGCCAUUUUUCUGCAAGAAAGUCGACCAAACUUCCCAACAGCAUUUUCUGACUACCUUAUGCCCAUUGUAGUGAGAUACCUCACAGAUCCUAACAACCAGGUUAGAAAAGCAAGUCAGGAAGCACUGCUGAUACUGCUAGAACAAGAACUCAUUGCUCAAAAUGAUAUUGAAAACAAGGUGUGUCCUAUUCUGUUGGACCUCUCUGCUCCAGACAGUGACGAUGAGUACAAAGUGGAAGCAGUGAAUAUAAUUUGUAAAAUGGCUUCUAUGCUGAGCAAAACUAUUGUUGAACGUAUGCUACUUCCCCGUUUCUGCGAGCUGUGUGGUGAUGGGAAACUCUUCCAAGUCCGUAAGGUUUGUGCAGCUAGCUUUGGCGAUAUUUGUAAUGCAGUUGGACAAGAAGCCACAGAGAGAUUUUUGAUUCCAAAGUUUUUUGAACUCUGCUCUGAUAGUGUUUGGGGAAUGCGAAAAGCUUGUGCUGAAUGCUUUAUGGCUGUUUCUUAUACCACAUCCCCAGAAGUUCGCAGAAGCAAGCUGUCCCCUCUCUUUAUCAAUCUUAUCAGUGACCCCUGCAGAUGGGUUCGCCAAGCUGCUUUUCAGUCUCUAGGCCCGUUUAUUUCUACCUUCGCAAACCCUUCUAGUGCUGGCCUUUAUAUUCGGGAGGAUGGGACCCUCAGUAUCCGACAAUCAGCACAGGAUGUGACUUCCAGUUCCUCCCAACCAGGCAACAAUGCAAAUAUCACAUCUGCCAGUACGAACAUUGUAUCCUCCAGUUCAGAACAACCAAUAGAAAUUAAAUCGGAAUCGUCAACUGAUGGGACUUCAGCAGAAGCCAACCCCUUGAUCUGUGUUGAAAGCCCAAGGACAGACCUACUGAAAGGAAGUUCAAACAGUUGUGGUAGUCCUGGAGAGGCUCUGACUAGAUUGUCCCAGAAUGACAAAACCACUGCUUGUGUGAUAGAAGGCAUUAAAGACUGUCAUGUGAGCAAUUGCCAGGGAGUGAACUCAAGGUUCCAGUCUGCUGAGGAUGUCUUUAAUACUUUCCUGUACUGGCGCCCUCCACUCCCUGAUAUAAGCCAGGACUUGGAGCUGCUUCAGUCCAAGACUGAGAAGCACGAAGAAGGCUGCUCUAUGUCGAAGGCGAUGUGUAAUAACUGUGUUGCCAGUAGUGAAAUAAAAAAAGUGCUGGAAAGCUUGCAGGAGCACAUGGAUGAUCCAGAUGUUCAAGCCCAGGUUCAAGUAUUGUCCGCUGCGCUGAGAGCUGCUCAGUUUGAUUCCAUCAAUGAUUAUGAGACCAAACACACAGAAGAGAGCAAUGGCAAACUUCAGAAUGAAUUGUCCACUUUUGAAGCCAGACAUGCCACUGUGGAGAAGAACAGUUUGUCCUCUUCAUCAUUCCAGAACGAUGUGAGCAACCAAUCCACUACCAGUAUACUGAAAAGCAAAGAGUCAGAGGAACAACACAAUGGGACCACUGAAUUUUUAAAGAAAGAACAUCAUCAUAAUCCACCCAUUGAAGAUGAUAAAUCGAAAUUACAGGAUAUCAUACCUCAACCUUUAUUAGACCAGUACUUGUCAAUGACUGACCCCGCUCGAGCCCAGACUGUUGACACUGAAAUAGCAAAACACUGUGCAUAUAGUCUCCCAGGGGUGGCCUUAACUCUGGGCCGGCAAAACUGGCAUUGUUUGAAAGAUACGUAUGAGACCUUGGCAGCAGAUGUACAGUGGAAGGUCCGCCGGACGUUAGCUUUUUCCAUACACGAGCUGGCUGUUAUUCUGGGGGAUCAACUAACAGCAGCUGAUCUGGUGCCAAUCUUCAAUGGAUUCUUAAAAGAUCUGGAUGAAGUGCGCAUUGGAGUUCUUAAACAUCUCUAUGACUUCCUUAAGUUGCUUCAUGCAGACAAAAGGCGCGAAUACCUUUACCAGCUUCAAGAAUUUGUCGUGACUGAUAACAGCAGGAAUUGGAGGUUUCGUUACGAGCUGGCAGAACAGCUGAUCCUGAUAUUAGAACUCUACAACCCCAAUGAUGUGUAUGACUACUUAAGGCACAUUGCGUUAACUCUCUGCUCGGAUAAAGUAUCAGAAGUCAGGUGGAUCUCCUUCAAACUGGUUGUGGCAAUACUACAGAAGUUCUAUGCAAAUAAUGCAAGUGCGUUGGGAUUAAAUUUCAUUAAUGAGCUUGUAGCAAGAUUCCGUCAUUGUUCCAAGUGGAUUGGAAGACAAGCUUUUGCUUUCAUUUGUCAGGCUGUAGUAGAAGAAGAGUGUAUGCCUGUUGACCAUUUUGUCGAACAAUUACUUCCCAAUCUUUUAAGUCUUGCUUCUGAUCCUGUGCCAAACGUAAGGGUUCUGUUAGCCAAGGCUCUAAGGCAAACGCUGUUGGAGAAAGCUUAUUUUAAAAGUGUUGGCAACCCUCAUCUAGAAGCUGUGGAAGAGACUGUUCUAGCUUUACAGUCUGACAGAGACCAAGAUGUGUCUUUUUUUGCCACUGUAAAACCAAAACUGAACAAUAUGGACAUGACUUCCCUUGAAAAACAAAACUAAACUGUUCAUCUGCUACAAACCCUGAACAUCAAAAUGGUGACACACUUCAUGUUCUUGGAGCAACAUGGAACCAAGCAAUUUAUUGCCUCCCUGGUCUGAGAGAAAAGGGCUUGUUGAAAAUGCCAUUAUCUUCAUUCAGUGACCACUUUUAUAUCUACAGCUGUGCAUCAGAUGGGAUGACUACAUUCAAACGUUUGUUCUUUUCCUUGUAAACAUGGAUUGUAACUCAUCUCUACAAAAGGUCCAGUAUUGUAAAUAUCCUCUUAUGAAGUUGCACAUAUACAGCAUUUCAGUAUCAUCCGUUACAGUAAUAUAUUUUUUAAUACUGUAUUUUAAAAAAAUCCAGUAAUAAAGCAGUUUGCUAGAAACCCCUCUAAGCUUGUAAGUUUAAAAAUCUGAAGUUAGUAAGCUUAUGUGUAGAUGCUUUCCCCCGUUUUAUUGUGGUUUUUAUAUUUUUUUGUUUAUAGUACUGCAUUUUAUUAUUUACCUGAAAAAAUGUAUAUAUGUGAAUAGCUCCUGAAACUUUUGGCAAAAGAAUUCAAAAAAUUUGAAUCCCACACCAGUGAGACUCGUAUAAGCCAUUUUACGUUAUACAACACAGGUGGCUUGUUGGAACUAAAGCAUGGCUUACUUCUACUUUUAACAUACAUGUGUGUUUUUUUAAAAUCAGGGCUUGACUUUCUCUGUAUAUUGGAGCAGUUUUUAUUACUUUGUCUCUUGUAAACUGUAUUAUUUAACAUUUUUUUUC